AUGAGUCAAAACUUUAUUGAAAGUGUUGGUUCCAAAAAUAUUCUGCCUCAUAAAUCUGAAAGUAAUCUUAUAACUAAAUUAGAAAACUUAGAAUCAUUGAUUCAUUUGGAAAAACUAUAUAUAGGACAUAAUAAAAUAAGUGUCUUAGAAGGUUUAGAACAUAAUCUAUUGCUUAAGGAACUGCAUAUUCAAAGACAAAUAUUGAAUCCAGGUAGCUCAAUGUGCUUUGAUCCACGAACCAUGUACUGUCUUAAUAAUCUUCGGCUGAUAGAUGUCUCAGGAACAGGUAUAAAUUCAAUACUGCCCUUGAAACCUUUGCAAAAGUUGGAAGUUCUUCGAGCAAAUGAUAAUUUCUUUCCAAGUGCUGAUGAUUUUGUUGAAUGCUUGCAAUCUUGGUUAUAUUUAAAAGAGGCUGAAUUUAAGAGAUGUCCGGCCACAAAACUCAGGCGAUAUAAAGAUACCAUAAUUGGCAAUUCACAUAGAUUAGAAAUGCUCGAUGGUAAGCCAGUAUCUCAAAUAUCCAGAGUGAGCUUAAACAAACUUUUGGAAAACCAAGCAAAGGCCAAAAUUAGAGCCAAACAACAGUCACAUGAAAAAUACCAAGAUUUAAGAAAAUCCCUCUGUGAAGAUAAUAUUGAAACCUAUAUUAAUAUGAAUGCAGAAGAUUUCAAUGAGUUGCCAAAUAAUUCUUCAUAUAUAUCUUGGAACAGCUUGCCAAGUAAUGAAUUGCCAGGAUUUUUACGCCAACAGUUAAGAGGCAGUGCAAGGACUGUCGCUCCAAAAUUUAAUAAAUAA